AUGAUUACUACAUUUAUUUCAUCUUUUGAAAUUUCAAAUAUCCUUUCUCUCUUAAUAAUUUUUCCAAUUGUCUACAUAACUCGUUUUUAUUAUCAUCAUUUUACUCGUCCUAACCCUUUACCGGGUCCAUUUCCACUUCCAAUCUUGAUGAUUGGUUAUUAUCGUUACAUAAAAAAUAUG